AGAUCCCAAGAGUCGUCUUGGUCCUCCUCGAUCGAUCAAAAUCAAACCAACUCCUAAUCCCAAAUCAAAGAUCGACGCAGAAUCCCUCAAUUCCACGUCAAACCAUUCAAGAUGAACUCUGCUGGAAGAGGGAUGUGGUUGAUGAGGCUACUGAUUGUUUUGGGGUUAGGAUUAGGGUUUCAAACCGGAGAUGCGUUCACACUGCCGUUCCAAGUGCAGGAUAUGCUUCCGGUGCUUCCGCGUCAGGUUUCGUGGCCUGUGAUGAACAAUAUCCACAGCGCCGUCGAUUUACUGCCGCAGUAUAUCGGAUCGUUGGCUCCGGAUAACGGCACAAUUAGGUGGAAAGGCGCUUGUUUCUUCGAGAACGAGGCGAAGAUCAAUUUGGUCGACACCGGCGACAGAGGAAUCGGGGGAGGAAUCAUUCGUCUUUCGACUGGAGCUCCCCACAGCUGGACAUGUAUGGAUUUGUAUGUAUUCGCAACUCCAUAUCGGGUUACAUGGGAUUAUUAUUUUGCUUCUCGGGAUCAUACCUUGACGAUUGAUUCUUGGGAGGAAUCUGCUGAAUUGGAUUAUGUCAAGCAGCACGGGAUUUCAGUUUUCCUCAUGCCGUCAGGAAUGCUCGGGACUCUUCUUUCCAUGGUUGACGUCUUGCCGUUGUUUUCCAACACUGGUUGGGGACAGAGUGCUAAUCUAGCCUUCCUGAAGAAGCACAUGGGCGCGUCAUUUGAAAAGCGCCGUGGACCUUGGCGUUCGACCAUCAAUCCGGAAGAUGUAAAUUCUGGUGACUUUCUAGCAGUUUCUAAGAUCCGUGGUCGGUGGGGUGGAUUUGAGACACUCGAGAAAUGGGUCACGGGUGCUUUCGCCGGACACACUGCUGUAUGCUUGAAAGAUGAACAGGGUAACCUUUGGGUCGGUGAAUCUGGACACGAAAAUGAGAAGGGUGAAGAAGUUAUCGCGAUUAUCGCUUGGGACGACUGGUGGGAGUUGGCACUCAAGGAUAGUUCUAAUCCACAAAUAGCUCUGCUGCCAUUACAUCCCAAUAUACGCUCUAGGUUCAACAAUACUGCAGCCUGGGAAUACGCUCGACAGAUGGCAGGGAAACCGUACGGUUACCACAACAUGAUCUUCAGCUGGAUCGACACUGUGACUGAAAACUACCCCCCGCCUCUGGAUUCUCAUUUGGUCCUCUCUGUCAUGUCCAUGUGGACGAGAAUGCAGCCUGCGUAUGCUGCAAACAUGUGGAAUGAAGCUCUUAAUAUGCGGCUUGGGACCGAGGGUCUGGACUUGUACGAAAUUCUAGCUGAGUCGGAGAGACGGGGCAUAACUUUUGAUCAAUUGCUUACUAUUCCCGAGCAAGACGAAUGGGUUUACAGCGAUGGUAAAUCAACAACAUGUGUUGCGUUUAUCCUCGCUAUGUAUAAAGCAGCCGGUGUAUUUGGUCCCGUAUCCAACCACAUUCAAGUGACUGAAUUUACGAUUCGGGAUGCCUACAUGCUAAAAAUAUUCGAAAGCAACAAGACACGUUUACCAAACUGGUGCAAUGAUGAUCUCCCGUUCUGCCAAAUAUUGGGCGAGUAUCGAAUGGAAUUGCCAUAUUACAACACCCUGGAGCCUUACUCCAACAUGAAUGAGAAUUGCCCGUCUUUGCCUCCGACUUAUGAGAGGCCUAUUCGGUGCUGAAUGUUUGGACGCAUAUUAUCUAGGUACGCAAAUGGCCCUUCUAAAAUCGAUAUAUUUUUUCUACGGUUGUGGCAUGUAUUAUCAACUUUCGACAUAGGCUUAAAAGACAUAAUAAUCGGAUCUAUUUACCACUUA